AUGGUGUUAUCUAAAGGCACCGGAAACGGAAAUGGAAAUGGAAAAAAUAUCGGAAAUGGAAAAGAUAAUGGAAAUGGAAAAAGUAACGGAAACGGAAUAAAUAAUGGAAACGGAAAUGGAAAAGAUAAUGGAAAUGGAAUAAAUAAUGGAAACGGAAUAAAUAAUGGAAACGGAAAUGGAAAAGGAAAAGAUAACGGAAACGGAAUAAAUAAUGGAAACGGAAAUGGAAAAGAUAAUGGAAAUGGAAAAAGUAACGGAAACGGAAUAAAUAAUGGAAACGGAAAUGGAAAAGAUAACGGAAACGGAAUAAAUAAUGGAAACGGAAAUGGAAAAGAUAAUGGAAAUGGAAAAGAUAACGGAAAUGGAACAGACAACGGUAAAUGUGUGGGAGUGUGUGGGAUCGACACUGACUGCGACGAUCGUGACGAAUGCUACAGGGAUGAUGACUGUGAUGACGGUGAUGACGGUGAUGGUGAUGACGGUGAUGAUGGUGAUGAUGUGUGUGAUGGAAUCUGUCCCCGUGUUUGUGUUAAAGACGAUAAAUAG